CACUGUUGGAUCAUCAGUAACUACCAAGUCUUCGUGAAACUAAUUUGCUGAUAAAGUGUAUUACGGUGUGGGUGUCGUGAUAAGAUUGUUGUAAUUACUGGAAAGCGUAGGAGUUUAAGUGGAACCCGGGGUUGUCCCAUCUUCCCCAAGUGUUGGACUUCUACGUCAUGAUCCGGCACACUCGCAACACGGCCAAGCAAGAUCACAACAUUUUGACGAUCUUCCUCCCGAUACUGGCAGUAGCUUUGGUACUUUGUGCAGGAGGAUGUUGUUAUAUGGAGAAGAAGAGAAAGAAAAGACUCAGAGAAAAAGCUGCAAGCGCUAUCGAAGAAGACAUCAGCGACAACGAGUCAGUUGUCACAACCACCAGUUCACGGUAUCGACCUUAUUUACUGCCUUCGCAAACUUCGGGGCGAUCAAAUUUAUCGCGAGCGGGUUCGGUGACGUCACUUUAUGACCGAGCUUCUUCAUAUGGGGAACCCCCGCCCUACAGCGGACCUGGUUCAAGGCGAUCUUCGAUAGCUAGCACGCUUAAAAGUGAAACCCGUCGUGGAGAUUCGAACAGAGGACGAAACAUAUCAAGGUCGAAGUCGAUGAUGGACGUAAGGCAACGACAGGUUUAUGAUUAUACACCGAACCCAGCGCCGAUCAGAAGGUCGCAUUCCACCACCAGCUUAGUAGAUUACCGACCAAUGCACAACGAUGGUAGAUACGAAGACGUUUCAAACUCACGCGCACCCUCACCAACAAUGUCAGAAUGGUCGAUACGAACCGCGCCCCAGAUGACGUCACAAGAGAACGAUUACAUGGUCGGAGGGAGCGUAAGAUCGGCCGCGUCGUUGCCGGUUUCGCGACAUAGGAGCAAAAUGAAGCGAUCGUCGUCGCAACCCAACCUCCUUCAGCAUGGUAUAUACGCUGCCAAGACUUACCCGCAAGGAAUAUUGAAACGGAACGCUCCAAGCGAUGAUGGAAGGUUCAUACCAAGGGGAGGAACGAUGUCGUCGGAUUCGGGGAUACGGGAUUUGUAUGGAGAUCCUGAGAUGUUGAAACGAGGUUCACCAUCAACGUUUGAAGACAACUCGAGGCCAUCCACCCGCCCACAGUCGGUGUACGGUUCAACAAGUGGAAGAUACGAUCCUUACUACAGGGAUAACCCAACCAAUGAUUACUCGUAUGCAAGAAGGAGCCCACCUGGUUAUAACGACCAGGGGGGCGUCUACAGCGUGUCUAACAGCGUCCCGUACUCACAACAUUACGGGGAAAGAGAUUGGGGAAAUAAUAAUGGCAGUUCAUACCCGGCAAGUUACGAUCCUUAUAGUUAUGGUGGCAACUAUUGGGACAUGCAAGGGGCAAGGGGGCGGGUGCCGCACCAUGGUACACAGAACAAUUAUGUGUACGGUAGUAUGAUAUAUUAGGUUAAAUAUCAGAAUGGUGAUUGUUAAAGUUGAAUUGGAUGAAACAUGAUGAAUGUCGUCGACGACGAAGAGCGAAAACAUGUAAAUAUAUAUAGUAGGGUGGGGCAAGAUGGAACAUGUUUUCAUUUACCCUCUUACUUGGUAGUUAACAAGAUGAUUUACAGAGUUGUAUAACCGUAUCCUCACGACUCUACAUAAUGUGCUAGCGGUAUCCCAUCUUACCCCACCCUACCUGACGUGCGCUUGUCUAUUGCGAAGAUUAUAAAAAUAAAUGAAACGGCAAGUAA